ACGACCUCUUGAAGUUGUACACUGAACAGAUACAUCUUUUUUUAUAAGCUCGAUCCACAGUGCCUGUGGUCAUUGCUGUAGAGAAAGAAGACAAUAUCAGGUACCAAUACGAAGAAAUCUUCCAUCAAUAAGUCGCAAGCUGUCUCGAUGGUGCCUAAAUUCGAGCCUUUUAACUCGCCCGUUCAUUCCUUGCCACCUGAAAUCCUGUCUGAGAUAUUUCUCCUCUCACUCGAAGGGCCAUACCACAUUCUCGGUCCUCUGCACGACGGUCCAUGGUUAAUAGGGAGAGUCUGUCACCGGUGGCGGGUCAUUGUCUGGGGUUAUUCCGCUUUGUGGUCGUCUUUUGUAGUGGGUUGGCCACGACCAAGACAAGAAGACACUGGAAGGAGACUCCUCGGGGAGGCGCUUCGGCGGACUGGACAGAGAGGGCUUUCCGUGAAGAUCUGGAUAUGUGACGCUUUUCCAGAUGUCAUUACUGAGACAUUGCUGCAGCAUUCGUCGCAAUGGGAAGCCGUCGACCUAUGUGGUCCGGCACCCAAUCAAUGGAUUCAAUUAUCGGAGCUCGGUUUGCAUUUCCCAUCAUUGAGAUUACUUGCCGUGAACCAUACUUCUUCCGCGGAGCUCCCCGCCGUCUUGAGCAUGUUCAAAGAUGCGCCCAACCUCAAAUCUCUCCAAAUUAACCUACACAAUCCCCAUCCGUUGUCUUUUCACCCCGCCGCGAUAAAAUUUCCGUGGUCGCGUAUCACAGAUUUGAAAAUGUCUAUUGAGGGUCGAGUGGGGCCGAGCGUCGAGAUUCUUCGUCUCUGUUCGAAUCUUGAGGUUUUGGAGGAGAGUUGUGGUGUAUUCGUCCCCGAAGCAGUCACAGACCCUGUUCCAUUAACACUUCGGAUACUCCGUUCACUCAGUGUUGGUUCCCCUCUAUUUCUACGCUACAUCACUUGCCCAGCACUAGAACAUCUAUCCAUUGCUAUCCCACACAGACUUCCAUUUUCCGAGAGAGACCUUUCUCGAUUCUUUGUCCGUUCUGGGAGUCAGCUGCAGACUCUCAAACUAGGUUCGCUAGCGCAGGACAUUUCGGACCCACGUCAAUUGUUCUCAUGCAUUCCCCAGCUUCGCAAGUUAUUCCUCGGUUUCCAGGGCUGCGAUUAUUAUGGAAACCUGACAAGAAUUCUCACUUCUAUUCGUUCGCAAGACGCAGGAGUGAUGAUCCCUCGCUUGUCUGUUCUGGAGCUGAGUGUGGAUGAGAUUUUUACGGGGAAAAUACAACUUGAAGGACGGGAUGAGAUACUGAUUGGUAUUAUUGUUGAACGUUGGGAUGUUCCUCAGGAAUCGCGGGUUACUCGGUUGAAUCAAGUUCGCAUCUCGUGCGAAUUUAUGGGGUUCACCGAUUACAUGGUCACGCAACAGUAUGAAGCUGCUCGAAACCGGACUCUGGCCCGCGUCGAUCGUCUGAAAUUGUUCAAGACGGAAGGGUUGGAUAUUUCCAUUAUUGCCAAACAAACGAAUAUAGAGGGACCGCUCGAGGACCAUGUUUUACUGGCGUGAUCUGAGUACCACAUAUCGUAUAAAAUUCUUUUGUUGUGACUGUCGGAAUGAGGGUUAAUCAAAAUUAUUCACCG